UGAGAGAUACACAAGAAGUGGUAACCGAGCUUCUGUAACUGUGCACAAAACAGAUGUUCCACAAGAUGCAAUGACUAUCCAGCGUAGCUACGUUGAGAAGAUAAUGGAAAGUCCUGAUAAGCUAUGUCCCAUUCAUAAAAAGCCCCACCCGUUAAAAAAAUGCAGGAGCUUCAGAGCUAAACAUAUUGAUGAAAGAAAAUCAUUUCUGAAAGAGAACCGUAUUUGCUUCAGAUGUUGUGGGUCAGUACAGCAUAUGGCAAAAGACUGCAGAGUGACACUAAAAUGUCUGGAGUGUAACAGUGAGAAACACGUCUCGGCACUACAUCCUGGUCCUCCUCCCACUACAACAGGGAGUCAAGAAGCUGACAAAGAUGAUGGCGGGGAGGUGAAUGGAAAUGCUUUGACACCAGUGACAUCUAAAUGUACAGAGAUAUGUGGCAAUUCAGAUGGUCAACAUUCCUGCUCCAAAAUCAGUCCAGUGAUCGUAUAUCCUGCUGGAAGAAGAGAGGAAUCAAAGAAAAUGUAUGCAGUGUUAGACGAACAGAGUAACAAGUCACUCGCUAAAUCAGAAUUCUUCCAUCUUUUUAACAUUACAACCACAUCAGACCCAUACACACUGAAAACGUGCUCAGGGGUUACCAAAGCAAUUGGCAGAAGAGCUACAAACUUGAUGAUUGAAUCCAUUGAUGGCAAAAUACAACUACCACUACCAAGUCUAAUCGAAUGUGACAUGAUUCCUGACAACCGCACAGAAAUCCCAUCUCCUGAGGUGGCGCGUUGUCACCCACACCUACAGCGAGUUGCUGAGAGGAUUCCUCCUGUGGAUCCAGAUGCUUCCAUCCUCAUACUCUUGGGAAGAGAUAUUCUGCGGGUACACAAGGUGAGAGAGCAAAUUAACGGACCCCACAGUGCUCCUUAUGCGCAGAGGCUAGAUCUGGGAUGGGUCAUUGUAGGUGACACCUGCCUAGGAACAACCCACAAGCCAUUGAGUGUUAAUGUCCUGAAAACACAUGUACUCAGUAACGGUCGUACAUCUAUUCUUAGCCCAUGUCCAAACAAAAUCUUAGUUAAGGAGACUCUCAGUCAAUCAUCACAUCUCGGAUGUUCUUCAGCCUCUUGUACACAGGAAGAGCGCCUUAGUGGUAGUAUAGACAUGUUGGGAUCUGCUGUUUUUGAAAGAACCAGGGAUGAUGAAAAAUCAGCGCUUUCAGUGGAUGAUCAGGUUUUUCUUGAAUUGAUGGACAGAGAAGUCUAUAAAAAUGAAGCCAACAGCUGGGUAGCGCCAUUACCAUUCCGUUCCACUAGGCAGUUCCUUCCAAGUAACAGAGAGCAAGCAAUGUCACGUCUUUAUUCUCUCAGGAAAACAUUGGACAGAAAACCUGACAUGAAGAAGCAGUACAUUGACUUCAUGCAGAAAAUGUUAGAAAACGAUCAUGCAGAGCCUGCUCCUUCACUGGAGAAACAUAAAGAACACUGGUACUUACCGUCGUUUGGUGUAUAUCACCCUCAGAAACGUGACCAGAUAAGGGUGGUAUUUGAUUCAAGCGCUGAAUAUGAAGGAGUGUCCCUAAACAAAGUGCUGCUUAGUGGCCCUGACUUGAACAACAGCCUUUUGGGGGUCCUUUUACGUUUCAGAAAAGAACCUAUUGCGUUCACCGCUGAUAUACAGCAAAUGUUUUAUUGUUUUGUUGUAAACGAAGACCAUAGAGACUACCUCAGAUUCCUUUGGUAUGAAGACAACGAUCUCAGCAAGAUGGUGAGGGACUACAGAAUGAAGGUCCAUGUGUUUGGAAAUAGCCCCUCACCAGCUGUGGCUAUUUAUUGCAUGAGGCGCGCUGCAGCAGAUGGUGAGAGAGAGUAUGGCGCUGAUGCCAAGCAGUUUGUCAUAAGACAUUUUUACGUUGAUGAUGGACUUGCAUCUGCUCCAACCCCUGAAGAAGCGAUUGACAUCCUAACAAGAACACAGCAGAUGCUAGCUGAUUCCAACUUGAAAUUGCACAAGAUAACAUCCAACAAUCACAAGGUUAUGGAAGCUUUUCCAGCUGAUGAGAGGGUCAAGGAUCUGAAGGAUUUGGAUCUAAGGUUAGAUGAUCUCCCUUUACAGCGCAGCUUAGGGGUCCUGUGGAACCUGGAAACAGACAGUUUCACAUUCAAAGUGUCUCAAGAGGAAAGACCAUAUACUAAGAGAGGUGUUUUGGCCACGAUCAACAGUUUAUAUGACCCUUUAGGCUUUGUGGCUCCUAUAACAAUGCAGGGAAAAGCUCUCCUUCGUGAACUCUCAGCUGAGCAGAAUGACUGGGAUGAACCACUUCCUCCAGAAAAGAAGGAUGAAUGGAGUAGAUGGAAAGAAUCGUUGAAUUAUCUCCAACGUCUCCAGAUACCAAGGUGCUAUGUUCCAUUUCCGCAGUCCUCUGCCCAAAGAAAAGAGCUGUGCAUCUUUUCAGAUGCCUCCAUAAUAGCGAUUGGAGCGGUUGCUUACUUAAAGUGUAUCGACAGUGAAGGUCAGCAGUAUGUUGGAUUCAUUAUGGGCAAAUCCAAACUAGCCCCACGUCCCGCACAUACUGUUCCACGACUGGAGUUGUGCGCAGCUGUUCUAGCUGUGGAGCUUUAUGAGCUAGUCAGAGACGAGAUAGACAUUGACAUGGAUGCUGUGAAAUUCUACACCGACAGUAAAAUCGUCCUUGGAUAUAUUCACAACAGCACUAGGAGAUUUUACACAUAUGUUGCAAACAGAGUGACUCGUAUCCGUAAGUCUUCUCAUCCUGAGCAGUGGCAUUACAUCUCUACAGAGAACAAUCCUGCAGAUCAUGCCACCAGACCAAUCCAUGCUUCUCACCUGCAACACACAAAUUGGUUCUCGGGACCAUCAUGUUUAACACAAUCCCAUCCAGAGCCAGCACAGAUCGACAUCUUCACUCUAGUGGAACCUGAUGUAGAUGUGGAAAUACGACCUGAUGUAACGACUUUGAUUACAGUAACUUCAGAAACACAGUUGAAGUCACAUCGCUUUGAAAGAUUUUCUCAUUGGAUGACUCUGUGUCGUGCCAUAGCUUUGCUCAUCCGUGUGGCAAGAUCAUUCAAGACAACUGCCAAUCAGAGAAAUUUGCAAGGAUGGAAGUGUAACACUGAGGCAAGCACCGUAAGUGAGAUUCUUCGUGCAAAAGUUGUAAUUAUUCUCACUGUGCAGUCUGAAAUCUUCAAGGAAGAAUUCAAAUGUCUGGAAACAAAGCAGACAUUACCAAAGCAGAGUCCACUCAAAAAGCUUAACCCAAUCAUUGAUGAAGAUGGAUUGCUUAGGGUCGGAGGUCGUCUUGCACCUGCCAACCUGACAAAAGAAGAAAAGCACCCACUGAUUAUUCCUCGUACUCAUUACAUUGCUACUCUCUUAGUGAGAUACUACCAUGAGAAGGUGAUGCACCAGGGACGUCAUAUCACAGAGGGAGCAAUUAGAGCUGCAGGACUAUGGAUCAUCGGGAGCAAAUGCUUGGUCUCAUCUGUUAUCUUCAAAUGUGUCAUCUGUCGUAAACUCAGAGGAACACUACAGAUACAAAAGAUGGCAGACUUACCAGCAGACAAGCUCUCACCAAUGCCACCCUUUACCAACGUUGGGCUAGAUGUCUUUGGUCCAUGGAUGGUUAUGACACGUCGUACAAGGGGAGGCGCUGCAGACAAUAAAAGGUGGGCGGUACUUUUCACGUGCAUGACAACUAGAGCUGUGCACAUUGAGCUUGUGGAAUCAAUGUCCACAUCUAGCUUCAUAAAUGCAUUGAGAAGAUUUUUCUCAGUACGUGGACCUGCCAAGCUUCUUCGCUCUGACAGAGGCACUAAUUUCAUUGGUGCCUGUAAAGAAUUGGGAAUCGACCACAGAGAUGCAGCAUUAAACAGCUACCUUCAGGAGAAAAAUUGUACAUGGCAGUUUAAUCCCCCACAUUCCUCACACAUGGGGGGAUCGUGGGAAAGACUCAUUGGGAUAGCCAGGCGGAUUCUGGAUGCCAUGCUUCUUCAGUCUGUACAUACUCGUCUCACACAUGAAGUACUGAGUACCUUGAUGGCUGAGGUGAUGGCAAUAAUAAAUGCAAGACCAUUACUGCCAGUGUCUAAGGACCCAGACAUGCCAACUGUUUUCACGCCAGCAAUGAUCUUAACCCAGAAGACCAGUGCUCUAGAGGCCCCAUCUGGUAACUUUGAUUCAGCAGAGCUGCAUACAAAACAAUGGAAGCAAGUCCAGUGUCUUGCAGACACCUUCUGGAAGAGAUGGAGGAGGGAGUACCUUGCCACUCUUCAAAGUCGCCGGAAAUGGACAGAUGACAAGCCCAACAUCAAACUGGGAGAUGUUGUUUUGCUCAAAGAAAAACAAGCUUACAGGAACGACUGGCCGGUGGGACGUGUCAUUAAAACAUUCCUCAGCAGUGACAACAAGGUUCGAAAGGCAGAAGUAAAAAUAGUAAAAGAUGGAACUAUGAAGGUUUUAAUUGUACUUGGCUAA